AAGAGAGAGAGAGAGAGAGAGAGAGAGAGAGCAGCGGGUGCUGGAGUGACGUAAGGGCGGCGACGAGGUGUGGGUGUUGUGAAUGCUACACCACUGCACCCUCUUAACAAGGAAAUUGAGGAGUGCAUUAGAAAACUUCAUGAGCGAAAAGAAAAGGAAUUACUGAAGUCUUUAGAUGAAGAAAAGCAGUGAAAAUUACAUGUAUAUUGAAAGAGAAACUUGUAAAAUAGCAAGAACAAGUGAUAAGAAUAAGAACAAUUGUGAAUACUUCAGUAUAGUAAUGAACUUGUAAAUAUGCAGAAAAUCUAUGUAAAUUUUGCUCUGUACAUACAUUUGUAAAGAUAGUUGCAUAUGACAUAAAGGUGGUAUUCUCCUUUUGAACAAAACUGUAAAGAAGCAAGAACACCAUGCAGGGUUAUGGAGUCAUUGUUAAACUGGUGACUGGAGCAAAUGAAGACCUUAGCUGCUCUGGGAUGUAUCUGGGGCAUGGCAUAGUUCUCACUCAUGGCAUACUGUUUGUUGACCUCUUCAAGGACAAAAAGGCUCAACCACUCAUUGAACAGCUGUCAACAAAAGGUUACUGUGCAAGGAUGAAACAAGAACCCAAUGUCCUGGAUUCCAUUUUAAAGAAUGUUCAGUCAAAAAUUGAAGUUAUUUUGCCUUCCAAAGAGCAUGUAAAAGAGGUGGCUGGUAUUAAUUAUGAUUUCUGUGCAUCCUCUGGGACAAAGAAUGAUCCACUGUAUCAGACUGGCAUACAAAGUCAGAGUAAAGAUUAUGUGCCACACAGUGAUUCAAGUGGUUUCCUAUCUGCUGCAGCUCACAUUGACAGAAUUAUUGUCCAGUCUGGUGUAUAUGAAUGUCUGGACAGUCUCAUGCCAGCUUCACAGGGCUGGAAAUUACUGGAGGAAAACCAAAAUGACAUAACUCCUGACCUGGAAAGACUAAUUAUGUCUUCAUUUGUCUUGUUAACUCUGUCUGGAAAUGAUUGGACAAAUGAAGAACCAGACAACAUUGUGAUCACAGCAACCAAGGAAAUUAUGUCAUCAUUCAUUCCUGUUCAAAAGGGUAACUUUGUUUAUGUUGAGAGCUCCCCUUUUGGCUCUACUUCCCCAAGCAUGUUUCUAAAUUCUCUGAGUCAUGGCAUCAUCUGCAAUACAGGUCCUGAAGGUCAGGAGGUUCUGCUUACUGAUGCCAGAUGCAUCACAGGCUCUGAAGGUGCUCCAGUAUUUGUGGUAGUAAGUGGACAGAGACGGCCAUGUGCUUUAGUUAUAAGUCCGUUUUGCUGGCAAAAAGGUGAAUGGAUGGGCUUAACCCUCCUGGCAUCUCUGGGUCCUGUGCUGCAGACAUUUCUCCAAUCCCAUACUUCAUCAGCACUGCUACUGCCGAAGAACCUUUCCACACAAAAGAGCAACCACCCCACCAAUAUUGCAGCAGUAGCAGUUGAGUCCCAGUCAAGGAAUGGAGUCAUUGACAGAAAUUUUAUGGAAGGACCUCUGAAUGACAUGAGCAAAAGUGUUGUUUGUAUCAAGUGUGGGAAAGGCUGGGGCAGUGGAGUGGUGAUAUCUGCUUCACCAGGCAUUAUCCUGACCUGUGCUCAUGUUACCUACAAGGCCAUUGAUAAAAAAGUUACAGUGGUGCUGUCAGAUGACAGAAGAAUACAGGGCACUGUAAUCCAUCAGACACAACCUCUCAUCAUGUCUCAAGGAGAUCAAAGAACCCUACCAGCAAGAUACAGUAUGUGGGACUUGGCUGUGGUAGUCACUCACUCUCCCCUCUGCCCUGCACUGCCACUGCCUCUUGCUACAAGUCUUCCACCUCAAGGUGUUGGUGUAGUUAUGGCAGGAUAUGGGAUGUUCCCCUCCCAGAUCCUCUCUACUCCAACCUUCUCAAGAGGGGUGAUCUCAAAGGUGGUCACUCUUCCCUCCUCAUUGCUUCAUUUACCAUCAAGUGAAACCAGUGAUGGUGGAUCCAAUGAAGGGCAUACUCAUGGUGCAAGUGACAGUGAUAACAAUUUUAUUGCCAGUGACACUUCAAAAAUAAGAACAACCAUCAUUAUCAAGAGAGAUCCUAAUAGUAGUGAUAAUUUGUCACAUUAUUUGAUGAAGCUGGGUAGAACUCCAUCUGGUACCUCCAGCAAAAGUGUUCCAGUACCUGUGGUCAUGCAAACAACCUGUUCUGUAUAUGCAGGAGCCAGUGGAGGUCCAGUUGUUACUCUUCAUCCUUCAUACGGACUGCAAGUGGUGGGUCUUGUGGUUUGUAAUAUGCAGGACUCUAACAGAGUCACCUUUCCUCACGUCAACUUGGCCAUCCCCAUCCCUUCCAUUGCCACCAUUCUGAACACCUUUUUGAAGACUAAAGACAAAACAGUACUACAGUAUCUUGAUGUUGAGUGUGCAGCAGCUUCGCACGUGUGGGGACUGACUGACACCUCCCGCUCCCACUUGUAGUAAACACUUUACCUGGUUACUGCUGUAAGUACAUUGUUUAUUCAUUGAAAACUGUUUUGUACAUAAGUAACUACUUCUAUAACCUCUUUCAUGUAAUGAGUUGACUUGCAUAUAACAAUAUCAUUGGACCCUUACCAAUAUUUGUAUAUAAAGUUUCAAAUUCAAUAUAAAAAAUCUGUAGUAUGUGGUUCUAAUCAGCUGCCACCUUGGCCAAGUGUAUGGUAUCACUAGUAUCCACCUUCCCCUCUUCUGCUUUCUUACCUCAUUCUCUGUGGUUGGCAAAGAUAUUUGCUGUAGAAGUGUUAAAGAAAGCAAGAGCUCAUUGAGACUUGGGUAAGAAAAGUGAAUGAAAACACAAAUAGCUAGUAUCAGAUAUUCAAACAAAUGCCGUGAACUUGAUGGUUAUGAUAAAAAUGAAAGAAGAGAGUAAGCACUAGUGAUAAUGAUAGAAAUGAUAGAAGAGAGUGAGCAUUGGUGAUAAUAUAGAGAAUCUUUUCAGUAACAUUCCUGAUGACAUUUCUCCAUUUCUUGGGAAGAAAAGAGUGCAAGUGAAAAAUAAAACUCAGAAAAGCAUUACAAGAGGCACUGGAAAGUGAGAGAAGGGAAAAAGGUGAUUGUGAUGGUGGUAAUAACAAGGAAGAGGAAGGAGGAAUGGCCUUCUGUUCCAUCUUGGAUAUCACCUUUUGCUUUGAGUUAAUUCAUAUUACUUAUUCUACAUUAUGUGCUAUAUACAUAGUGCCAUGUAUAAUUAUGUUAUUGAAAUUAAUUAUAAUAACUUGAGUAAUGAGUGGAAUCAGAGCCAAAAUAAAGAGAUCAGUCCAA